UACUUAUAAUAUAAAACUUGCGUUUUGCAAUAUUUCCGAUUCGACGAACUCCACACCCCCGCGCGAGAUUCCCAUCAAAAACUCUGAUUUGGAACAUUUUGUAACUCACCAGUACUUGAUUCUUCAAAGAUCUGAAAGCCAGAACAAAGUUUAGGACAAAUCGGGAAGAAGAAAGUAGUUACCGUGGGUUUUUCCGCAACCAUUUGUGGCAGAAAUGGAGGGACUGCGAGCGUUGUUGCCGUCGGUAGCCGCCUUGUUGCUGAUUGCUACGCCGUUUGUGCAGGCCGAUGCGAUCCAUAAAGAAGGUUACUGCAUCAUGUACAGGCAGUGUGGAAUUCGUGAUAUCCCCGAGCACAAGUUGAAUUGUUACUACAACCAACCAGCCCCUGAGCUGGACGACCCUGAAGGCCUUGAAAUCCUGAAGCAGUUGUGUCCCCAUCUUGUCAAGGAGAACAAGACCCUCGCCUGCUGCGAUGUGGAUCAACUGAGAACCUUCCGGAACCAGACUCUCCAGGCGAGGCAGCUGAUGAGUCGUUGCCCGUCGUGCCAACGCAACUUCUUGAAUCUGUACUGCGCCAUGACCUGCGACUCAAGCAACAGUCUGUACGUGGACGUCACCAGUAUUAAGCCUCCGUCGCUUCAAGCCGAGGCUGACGACAGUGGAGCCGUGGAAGGUGCCCCCAUGAGCGACACGAAUUCCCCAAAUUUAAGGGACAGUGGGCCUCAGUAUAAAACCAACGACAGCAUUCUCAGCAUUGAUUACUUUGUUCAAGACGACUUUGUUUACGGCAUGUACGACAGUUGCAAAAAUGUGAACUUUCCGAGUUCCAACUCCAAGAUCUUUUCGCUCCUCUGCGGUCAGUCCGCUAGUACCUGCACCCCUCAGAAGCUGUUAGACUACAUGGGUAACAUUAACAAUGGACAGACACCGUUCACUAUCGAUUUCGAGAUUGUGGCGAACGCUACAACUGUCCCUACCGACAUGGAAGCAUAUAAUACCUCCAUUUAUCCGUGUAAUGAGGCACUGGACGAAUUCUCUCAACCCUGUAGCUGUCAGGAUUGCACCCCGGCCUGCCCGCCUGUUCCCCCGAUCCCCACUCCUCCGCCCCCUUUCCUAAUCUUUGGCAUGGAUGGGAUUCUGUUUAUCAUCAUCUGUUCCUAUUGUGCCUUUGUGGUCCUGUUCGUUCUUUGUGUUCUGAUCGCCAUGCUGUUCAAACGAAGGUACCGACAACCCCAGUACAACGAGCUGCCCAUCAACGGUGACGUCUACAUCAACGGCCAUACCCAAGUCUCGGAAAAAGACGUCGGCUGUCGGGAAAGAUUCGGGGCCGCUUUCCACAGGAAGCUGUCCGGCCUCUUCCGGUGGUGGGGCACUAAAUGCGCUCGCUACCCAAUCCUUGUUAUUUUCCUGGGUCUUCUGGCAGUCGGAGGGCUCAGCUCCGGCAUAGCAUUCUUGAAGAUCACGACAGAUCCUGUUGAGUUGUGGUCGCCUCCAGAAAGCCGCUCUCGUGAAGAGAAGAACUACUUUGAUGAGCACUUCGGACCGUUUUAUCGCACCGAGCAGGUCAUCAUUACGGCUCCAUCAUACAAUGUCACAUUUUUCCGACCGGCUGGACUGACAACCGGACAUAACUACGGCCCUGUCCUGGACAAGCGUGUUCUCAUUCAGGUGCUUGAUCUUCAGAAUCAAAUCACGAACAUCACAGCGUUCGACAAGGACACGAAUAGAACCAUUGGACUUGAAGACAUCUGCUUUAAGCCAGAAGCCCCGACCAACACCAACUGUACCAUCUUGAGUGUGUUGAACUACUGGCAGAACGACUUUGACAAACUCAACAGUACCAUCUUAGAUGAAAUGGGGUACUUUGUUGCUGCCGACUACCACACGCACUUCUUGGCCUGUACAGCUGCUCCUGCCUCUAUUGAUGAUGGAACCAAGCAACAUUAUCCCUGUCUUGGUACCUACGGAGGCCCAAUUUUCCCCUGGACCGUUCUCGGCAACUAUGACGGCAUAGCCUACAACAAUGCUACGAGUCUGUCCAUUACGUUUCCCGUCAAUAACUACAAGGUUGGAGACCCGCGGCUGAAACCUGCUAAACUAUGGGAGAAAGAGUUCCUAGAGUUUAUGAAGAAUUACGACAAUCCCAAUCUGACCAUUGCUUAUCAAGCCGAGAGGUCCAUAGAAGAUGAGAUUGAACGCGAGAGCUUUUCAGAUGUCUUCACGAUCGCUGGCAGUUAUCUGCUUAUGUUUGGAUACGUGGCGAUUGUUCUCGGCAAAUUCCCUUACUACAACAUCAAGAGAAUCUUUAUUGAAUCAAAGAUAGUUCUUGGUCUUUGCGGUGUCUUGAUUGUCCUGGGCUCCGUCUCAUCAUCCAUCGGUCUGCUGGGUUACCUUCAAGUCAAGGCAACUCUCAUCGUCAUGGAGGUCGUUCCCUUCCUUGUCCUAGCCGUCGGCGUGGAUAAUAUCUUCAUCCUGGUACAGAAAUAUCAGAGAGAUGUUCGUUUCCCUCAUGAGGAGAAGUACGAGCAAGUGGGACGCGUCUUGGGUGAGGUUGCUCCUAGCAUGCUGCUGACCAGCCUGUCCGAGUCCGUUGCAUUCUUCCUAGGUGCGUUGUCCAUCAUGCCUGCUGUCAAGGCCUUCUCUCUCUACGCUGCGGUGGCUGUCUGGAUUGACUUCCUCCUUCAGAUCACCUGCUUUGUGGCCCUGCUGUCUCUGGAUGCUGCCCGAGAAGAGAAUAAUCGCCUGGAUAUGUUGUGUUGUGCGAAACUGAAGAGCGCUGAAAAGUCGGACAAACGUCCCGGUGUGUUGUACCUGCUAUUUGAGAAGUUCUACUCUCCAUUGUUGAUGCUCACACCUAUCAGAGUCAUUGUGGUUCUGUGGUUCGCCUUCAUGGCUUGUGCUAGCGGCGUUUUGAUGGGCCGUAUCCAGAUAGGUCUGGACCAGAAACUGUCAAUGCCUCAUGAUUCCUACAUGCUGUCGUAUUUCGGAAACCUUUCCGAACAUUUCAACAGCGGUCCCCCAGUCUACUUUGUGGUUCGGGACGGCUUCAAUUACACCGAUGCGGAGAGUCAAAAUCAGAUUUGUGGAGGGUCCGGGUGCAACCCAGACUCCUUGACUUCUCAGGUUUACUCCGAUGCACAAAUAUCCAACACUACCUACAUCGCUGUCCCGGCGACAUCUUGGAUUGACGACUUCUUCUCCUGGAUGGAGCCGUCCAAAGGCGGCUCCCCGUGCUGCAUGUACAACCCCAAAAAUGGCAAAUUCUGCCCCUCAACAGGACCGAGAGAAGGGUGUGUGGCAUGUCGUACCUCAAGCCAUCAGUUUGAACGUCCUACUCCUGAGGAAUUUGACAAGUUCCUUCCGUUUUUCUUGGUAGAUGAUCCUGGGUUUAAGUGUAGCAAAGGAGGUCAUGCGGCAUAUGGGUCGGGAGUGAAGUUCACCAAUAAUAAAACCAAGGACCAAGUGCAAGCAUCCUAUUUCCAGAGUUACCACACCGUUCUCAGAGAUUCUGAUGACUUCACUAAUGCGCUGAUCCAGGCUCGUCAGUCGGCUGCUAACGUCACGGCCAUGAUGAACAUCUCGGAGGCUGUCAAUCCUGACUUCGAUGUCUAUCCUUACAGUGUUUUCUAUGUGUUUUAUGAGCAAUACGUCACCAUGGCCCAUGAUUCUGCCGUCAGUCUCGCCAUUGUGCUCGGCUCCAUCUUCGUGAUCACCUUCGUUCUCCUCGGUUUCGAUUUCUUCUCUGCUUGCAUCGUUGCCUUGACGAUUGCUAUGAUAACCGUCGAUAUGGUUGGCUUCAUGGUUCUGUGGAACAUCGAUCUGAAUGCAAUCUCCUUAGUCAAUCUCAUCAUGUCUGUGGGUAUCUCUGUGGAGUUCUGUUCUCAUAUCGUCCGUGCCUUCGCCAUAAGCACCAGGGAGAAUCGUGUUGAGAGAGCCAAGGACGCAUUGACUCACAUGGGAAGCUCGGUUCUGAGUGGGAUAACCUUCACCAAGAUCUGUGGCAUCUUCGUGCUGGCCUUCUCCAAGUCGCAGCUCUUUGAGAUCUUCUACUUCCGCAUGUACCUUGGCAUCGUUAUAUUUGGAGCUAGCCACGGUCUGAUCUUCCUUCCAGUCCUGCUCAGCUUUAUGGGCCCUGGGCUUAACAAAGCCAAGCUUCUAGAGGAGCAAGAGUGUGCUCCGAUCCCCCCUCCUGCUGAACCGCAUCACGGUCCCAAGUUUGAACAGUCGGGAGACCCAAAGCAUCAUCAUCAAGUCAAUCCUUCGCAGGAAGUGAAACAGCCUUCUAAGAGGCAAGCGGAUCAAGCGCCACUGAUACGUAGCGCUGAUAGCCACGGGUAUUACUAUGCUUAGAUGCAACCUCAUUUAACCCUAAUCUUCCCAAAUUCUCCAAAAUGCUCUCCAGAGACCUCGUAAAUAUCCAUAUUGGAAAGGCCUUUUUUGACGUCGGCCUUCUCGUCGGGUAUUACUAUGCUUAGAUGCAACCUCAAUUAACCCUAACCUUCCAAAAUUCUCCAAAAUGCUCUCCAGAGACCUCGUAAAUAUCUGUAUUGGAAAGGCUUUUUUUGACGUCGGCCUUCUCUCCACAGACAAUCGUUCAAGUUUGGUUGAGAAUUGAUGACUGAACUUACAGUGAUUUGGAACACACCAAAAAUCCUCUUCACAUAAAUGGAGGAUUUUGCAGGAUUGAGGCUAUAUUGCAAAAAUGUGCGGCUGAAUUUUUUGGAUGCGCUGUGUCAAAGUCUUGGGCUGGACCUUGCGUUGUAUAUGCUCAGCCCUGCAAAAUUUAGGCCUAGAUUAUACAUGAAAUCCUCCGUACUGCUCCAGGAU